GCCCCAAUAAACUACCAUUGUCAAUUCAGUUUAAAAGAACUAAGUGGCUUCAUCAGCCAGUAGUUCUACAGUCAACAGUCGAUAACUGUGAAAAGAAUAAAUUCUUAUCAAAAGCAACUUUCGAAGAAAGAGAUAAAACAUGCAGAUCUUUGUCAAAACCCUCACCGGAAAAACCAUCACUCUCGAUGUCGAAGCCGUCGAUACGAUUCAGAACAUCAAGGGCAAGAUCGAGGACAAGGAAGGCAUUCCUCCAGAUCAACAACGCUUGAUUUUCGCCGGCAAGCAGCUAGAGGAUGGCCGAGCCCUGUCAGAUUACAACGUCCAGAAGGGAUCAACUCUGCAUCUGGUUCUACGCCUACGAGGUGGCAUGCAGAUCUUCGUCAAGAUGUUAACCGGCAGAACGAUGGCAAUUGACACUGAACCGGAGGACACAGUAGACGCUUUGAAAGUGAAGGUGUCGGAGAAACUAGAAGAAAUGCCACCAAACCAGCUACGCUUGAUUUUCGCCGGUAAGCAACUAGAGGAUGGACGCACCCUUACAGAGUAUAGCAUCAUCAAGGGUUCGACACUCCAUCUGGUGCUACGGUUAAAAGGUGGGAUGCAAAUCUUUGUUAAAACGUUGACGGGAAAAACUAUUACUCUUGAAGUGGAGCCCUCGGAUACUAUUGAAAAUGUGAAGGCUAAAAUCCAGGAUAAGGAGGGAAUUCCUCCGGAUCAGCAGCGUUUGAUUUUCGCUGGCAAGCAGCUGGAGGAUGGUCGCACCCUGUCCGAUUACAACAUCCAGAAGGAAAGCACUCUUCAUCUGGUCCUACGUCUUCGCGGAGGAAUGCAAAUCUUCGUGAAAACUUUGACUGGCAAGACCAUUACUCUUGAGGUUGAACCAUCGGACACUAUCGAAAACGUCAAGGCUAAGAUCCAGGACAAAGAGGGUAUUCCUCCAGAUCAACAGCGUUUGAUUUUCGCGGGCAAGCAACUGGAGGAUGGUCGUACCUUGUCCGAUUACAACAUUCAAAAGGAAAGUACUCUCCAUCUGGUCCUACGUCUUCGCGGAGGAAUGCAAAUCUUUGUUAAGACUCUGACUGGGAAGACGAUCACCUUGGAAGUUGAACCAUCUGACACCAUUGAAAAUGUCAAGGCCAAAAUUCAGGAUAAGGAAGGAAUUCCUCCAGACCAACAGCGUCUGAUUUUCGCCGGUAAACAGUUGGAAGAUGGCCGCACCUUGUCCGAUUACAAUAUCCAGAAGGAAAGUACGCUUCAUUUGGUUCUCCGUCUGCGCGGAGGAAUGCAAAUCUUUGUUAAGACUUUGACCGGAAAGACAAUUACUCUUGAGGUUGAACCUUCCGAUACUAUUGAAAAUGUCAAAGCCAAAAUUCAAGACAAGGAAGGUAUUCCUCCAGAUCAGCAGCGUCUGAUUUUCGCCGGCAAACAGCUGGAAGAUGGACGCACUUUGUCUGACUACAACAUCCAGAAAGAGAGCACUCUUCAUUUGGUUCUCCGUCUUCGUGGUGGAAUGCAAAUUUUCGUUAAAACUUUAACCGGAAAGACGAUCACCUUGGAAGUGGAACCGUCUGACACCAUUGAAAAUGUCAAGGCCAAAAUUCAGGACAAGGAAGGCAUUCCCCCAGAUCAACAGCGUCUGAUUUUCGCGGGAAAGCAGUUGGAAGAUGGGCGCACCUUGUCUGACUACAACAUCCAGAAGGAAAGCACUCUUCAUCUGGUUCUACGUCUUCGCGGAGGAAUGCAAAUCUUUGUUAAGACUCUGACUGGGAAGACGAUCACCUUGGAAGUUGAACCAUCUGAUACUAUUGAAAACGUCAAGGCGAAGAUCCAGGACAAGGAAGGAAUUCCUCCAGAUCAGCAGCGUCUGAUUUUCGCCGGUAAACAGUUGGAAGAUGGCCGCACCUUGUCCGAUUACAAUAUCCAGAAGGAAAGUACGCUUCAUUUGGUUCUCCGUCUGCGCGGAGGAAUGCAAAUCUUUGUUAAGACUUUGACCGGAAAGACAAUUACUCUUGAGGUUGAACCUUCCGAUACUAUUGAAAAUGUUAAAGCCAAAAUUCAAGACAAGGAAGGCAUUCCCCCAGAUCAACAGCGUCUGAUUUUCGCGGGAAAGCAGUUGGAAGAUGGGCGCACUUUGUCUGACUACAACAUACAGAAGGAGAGCACUCUUCAUUUGGUUCUUCGUCUUCGUGGAGGAAUGCAAAUUUUCGUUAAAACUUUGACUGGAAAGACGAUCACCUUGGAAGUUGAACCAUCUGAUACUAUUGAAAACGUCAAGGCGAAGAUCCAGGACAAGGAAGGAAUUCCUCCAGAUCAGCAGCGUCUGAUUUUCGCCGGUAAACAGUUGGAAGAUGGCCGCACCUUGUCCGAUUACAAUAUCCAGAAGGAAAGUACGCUUCAUUUGGUUCUCCGUCUGCGCGGAGGAAUGCAAAUCUUUGUUAAGACUUUGACCGGAAAGACAAUUACUCUUGAGGUUGAACCUUCCGAUACUAUUGAAAAUGUUAAAGCCAAAAUUCAAGACAAGGAAGGCAUUCCCCCAGAUCAACAGCGUCUGAUUUUCGCGGGAAAGCAGUUGGAAGAUGGGCGCACUUUGUCUGACUACAACAUACAGAAGGAGAGCACUCUUCAUUUGGUUCUUCGUCUUCGUGGAGGAAUGCAAAUUUUCGUUAAAACUUUGACUGGAAAGACGAUCACCUUGGAAGUUGAACCAUCUGAUACUAUUGAAAACGUCAAGGCGAAGAUCCAGGACAAGGAAGGAAUUCCUCCAGAUCAGCAGCGUCUGAUUUUCGCCGGUAAACAGUUGGAAGAUGGCCGCACCUUGUCCGAUUACAAUAUCCAGAAGGAAAGUACGCUUCAUUUGGUUCUCCGUCUGCGCGGAGGAAUGCAAAUCUUUGUUAAGACUUUGACCGGAAAGACAAUUACUCUUGAGGUUGAACCUUCCGAUACUAUUGAAAAUGUUAAAGCCAAAAUUCAAGACAAGGAAGGCAUUCCCCCAGAUCAACAGCGUCUGAUUUUCGCGGGAAAGCAGUUGGAAGAUGGGCGCACUUUGUCUGACUACAACAUACAGAAGGAGAGCACUCUUCAUUUGGUUCUUCGUCUUCGUGGAGGAAUGCAAAUUUUCGUUAAAACUUUGACUGGAAAGACGAUCACCUUGGAAGUUGAACCAUCUGAUACUAUUGAAAACGUCAAGGCGAAGAUCCAGGACAAGGAAGGAAUUCCUCCAGAUCAGCAGCGUCUGAUUUUCGCCGGUAAACAGUUGGAAGAUGGCCGCACCUUGUCCGAUUACAAUAUCCAGAAGGAAAGUACGCUUCAUUUGGUUCUCCGUCUGCGCGGAGGAAUGCAAAUCUUUGUUAAGACUUUGACCGGAAAGACAAUUACUCUUGAGGUUGAACCUUCCGAUACUAUUGAAAAUGUUAAAGCCAAAAUUCAAGACAAGGAAGGCAUUCCCCCAGAUCAACAGCGUCUGAUUUUCGCGGGAAAGCAGUUGGAAGAUGGGCGCACUUUGUCUGACUACAACAUACAGAAGGAGAGCACUCUUCAUUUGGUUCUUCGUCUUCGUGGAGGAAUGCAAAUUUUCGUUAAAACUUUGACUGGAAAGACGAUCACCUUGGAAGUUGAACCAUCUGAUACUAUUGAAAACGUCAAGGCGAAGAUCCAGGACAAGGAAGGAAUUCCUCCAGAUCAGCAGCGUCUGAUUUUCGCCGGUAAACAGUUGGAAGAUGGCCGCACCUUGUCCGAUUACAAUAUCCAGAAGGAAAGUACGCUUCAUUUGGUUCUCCGUCUGCGCGGAGGAAUGCAAAUCUUUGUUAAGACUUUGACCGGAAAGACAAUUACUCUUGAGGUUGAACCUUCCGAUACUAUUGAAAAUGUUAAAGCCAAAAUUCAAGACAAGGAAGGCAUUCCCCCAGAUCAACAGCGUCUGAUUUUCGCGGGAAAGCAGUUGGAAGAUGGGCGCACUUUGUCUGACUACAACAUACAGAAGGAGAGCACUCUUCAUUUGGUUCUUCGUCUUCGUGGAGGAAUGCAAAUUUUCGUUAAAACUUUGACUGGAAAGACGAUCACCUUGGAAGUUGAACCAUCUGAUACUAUUGAAAACGUCAAGGCGAAGAUCCAGGACAAGGAAGGAAUUCCUCCAGAUCAGCAGCGUCUGAUUUUCGCCGGUAAACAGUUGGAAGAUGGCCGCACCUUGUCCGAUUACAAUAUCCAGAAGGAAAGUACGCUUCAUUUGGUUCUCCGUCUGCGCGGAGGAAUGCAAAUCUUUGUUAAGACUUUGACCGGAAAGACAAUUACUCUUGAGGUUGAACCUUCCGAUACUAUUGAAAAUGUCAAAGCCAAAAUUCAGGACAAAGAAGGUAUUCCUCCAGAUCAACAGCGUCUGAUUUUCGCCGGCAAACAGCUAGAAGAUGGACGCACUUUGUCUGAUUACAACAUCCAAAAGGAAAGCACUCUACAUCUAGUUCUGCGUCUUCGCGGAGGAAUGCAAAUCUUCGUAAAAACUCUAACCGGAAAGACCAUCACCCUGGAAGUUGAACCGUCCGAUACAAUUGAAAACGUUAAAGCUAAAAUCCAAGACAAGGAAGGCAUUCCUCCAGAUCAACAGCGACUGAUUUUCGCCGGUAAACAAUUGGAAGAUGGACGCACCUUGUCCGAUUACAAUAUACAGAAGGAAAGCACUCUUCAUCUGGUUCUUCGUCUCCGCGGAGGAAUGCAAAUUUUCGUUAAAACUCUAACCGGAAAGACAAUUACCUUGGAAGUAGAACCGUCCGACACCAUUGAAAACGUCAAAGCCAAAAUUCAGGAUAAGGAAGGAAUUCCUCCAGACCAACAGCGUCUGAUUUUCGCGGGAAAGCAGUUGGAAGAUGGUCGCACACUGUCCGAUUACAACAUUCAAAAAGAGAGCACUUUGCAUUUAGUUCUGCGUUUGAGAGGCGGACAGUAGGCAUGAAAAAGUUAAAAUAAAUCAUUUAUCUGCUAACUACA